ACUGCGGACUUAGUGACGGGAAGUGACGUCAUAUUUACUUUUGUUAUUUCUACGACAACCUUUUAGCUAUGUUUAAGAAGUUAUUUUGCAACUGUCAGCCUCGAUUGUUUGCAUUUGACCUAUGUAUUCUCUCACAAGUGGUCCUGCUUUCUUCAGGUAAAUCAAGAGUCUGAACUUCAGCUGUAUCGGGAAUGAUUUGGAAUCCAACUUCGUGUGAAUGUGUAGCUGAAACAUCAUGUCCGACGAUACCCACAAGUGUCUACGUGACGAUAGGAAUGUAUGCCAACUGUGUGGUGCACUAGAUAAUUUAUCGCUGUGUACAGGGUGUAGAAAGACUUGGUAUUGUUGUAGAGAACACCAGAAGGCUGAUUGGAGGGAACAUAAAAGACGAUGCGCAAGUAAAAGCAAAAAGAAAGAGUCCAAAAAAACAGUGCAUGGGGAAAUAGUCUGUCCCUCGGACCAGUCGACCAGUGGCAGCAGUAUUACAAUGCCGACUGACAUAGCUGUUGGUGACCGGUCAUCAGCCCAAUGGGGCGAAUGCAAGAGUGCCGAAACACACGCACGCAGUGUAAACAAAACAGUCAAGGAAGUAUACAGUCGUGACAACAAACCUGACGAGUUGUGUUGCGCAGAGGCAGAUGAAACCAGUCACGCAUCAGUACCAGUUCCAGAAGAAGGGAGUUCAGAAGCCUAUAUAUUGCAGACAGCAGCCAGCUCCCUUAGUCAACCUUCUGGUGCUUCAGCUGACAGUGGAGACACAAUGAGAGAACACAUCACCAACCCUCUAGAUUCAUCAGAGACUUAUGUCACUGUUCUGAAGUCACGCUUUAAAGAAUUAGCAGAAUAUGUGACAAAUUGUCUCACCAAGUAUGGUAUUUGUGUGAUUGACAAAUUUCUUGGUGAAUCAAAAGGCGUAGACAUUCUCAAUGAAGUGAAAGAGUUAUACCGAUCGGGUGUUUUCAAGAAUGGACAAGUUGUUGACUCUGAAAGUACCAGUAAUACCACAAGAAUCAGAGGUGAUAUGAUAACCUGGGUAGAUGGUGCUGAGGAUGGAUGUCAGGAUAUUUUGUUUUUGAUAUCCUGUAUGGAUGAUAUUAUUCUACAGUGCUCUGGUAAACUGGAACACUAUAGGAUUAGUGAGAGAACGAAGGCAAUGGUUGCCUGUUACCCUGGUAACGAUACGGGUUAUGUUCGUCACGUGGACAAUCCAAAUGGGGAUGGUCGUUGUGUGACUUGCAUCUACUACCUCAAUGAAAACUGGGAUGUGCGGAAAAAUGGUGGUUUGUUGAGGAUAUUCCCUGAGGGCAAUAACCGAGUGGCCAACAUUGAUCCAGUGUUUGACCGUCUGCUGUACUUUUGGUCAGACAGACGGAACCCACAUGAAGUUCAGAGUUCCAGUCGAGAAAGAUAUGCCAUCACUGUGUGGUACUAUGACAUGGAGGAAAGAGCAAGAGCCUUAAGGAGAUACAAAGGUCAUUCCAGAAAUGGAAGGAAGUCAGCAGUGCCAUUGAUAAACGGUGACCGCAACUCGUAGCAUCCUCCUUCCUUAUUGUAUACCACAUCCACAAUUCCCAGUGCUAGACGACGAAAGGUUGAUGCAGUCAGUGACACAUGGGACUAUACAAGAUGGCUGCCAUGUCUUCUCUAACAAGCUUGAUUGGUCAACUUGAGUGUGGACUAUCAUGUGACUUUUUGGUGUAAAUGUUGAACCCUUGCCACACUGGAGUGUGUACCUAUGCUUUGCCUUGACUUGAAGGCAUGUAUAUUAUGUGAGCACUUGUAACAUUUGUAAUUAUUUCAUAGUUUUUUCCAAUUUUCUGCCAGCUGUUACCUGACCUAUCCCAGUUUUCUUUUAUGACUGAUAUUUUUGGUUUAUUAAAUCAAGUUUCAUUUCA